UAGAGACCUUGUAGGUACUGUACUAUGGUCACAGAAUAUAUGGUUAUUUCUUCUGUGCUAUGGUGUGACACGUGACACUUGUCAACUGUUGUUUUGCAAGUUACAAGGAAGUAGGUUAAACUAGGUUUUCAUAAUAUUUAUUUGUGGGCUGUAAGUAGAUUAGGAAAUAUUUAAUCCAUGGGAUUUAAAUUAAAAUAAACAAUGAAUAGACCAAAUAGAACAACUGAGGAUAUGCUUUGGUAUCAUGGAAGACUAAGUAGAGAAGAAGCUGAGAAAAUUCUAACUCAAGAUGAGAAGAAGGAUGGUUUAUUUCUUGUGCGUGAAAGUAAUACUUCAACAGGAGAUUAUGUUCUUUCAGUUUUCCAUAAUAAUCAAGUUAGUCAUUUCCAAAUUAGAAGACAUGCUGAAGAUGCUUUUUUCUCAAUUGAUGAAUUUCCAACGUUUCAUGGUUUAGAAGUAUUAGUAAACCAUUACAAGGUUACGCCAAAUUUGCUCUCAAAUAAUCUAGUCCUUACAGAAUAUAUAGAAAAAUUUCCGCCUCCCCCUAAUACUAGGAGACUUGGUCGCACAAACUUGUUACAUCGAUCUACUGGCCAAGGCAAUUACACAGUUGUAAAAGAACUUCUAAAAACAGAUUAUCCACAGGAUGCAAAGAACCAGGAUGGACAAACUGCUGUACAUCUUGCCAGUAUGAAUGGACAGAAUGACAUUUUACUGAAACUAAUCGAGUGUGGAGCAAGUGUCAAUCUUAGAGAUUCUGUUGGAUUUACACCUUUGCAUUAUGCUUGCUAUUACAACUUUCCUGCUACAGCACGACUUCUAAUUCAAACUGGAAAUGCAAACAUUCAAGCCAGAAAUACAGACACAGGGGCAGUACCUUUGCAUGAAGCUGCUAGUCAAGGUCAUAAAACAGUAGUCAAAGAAUUACUUUCUUUAAAUGCCCCUGCAAGACCUAGAAAUAAAGAUAAUAUGACACCUGCUCAAUUAGCUCGAUUAAACAACCAUUCAGAUUGUGCUGAAAUUUUGGAAAACUAUAAAUAUACUGUUAAAAGUACCAAUCGAAGAGAAUGGUAUCAUAGUACCUUAGAUAGACACGAAGCAGAAACUACAAUUAAGUUACACAGUACAAAAAGUGGAACAUAUUUAGUGCGAUUUAGUGAUAGAAAUAAAGAGGAUGUCUUGACAUUAUUAAAUGAUGAGGUAUUUUAUCACUAUAUAAUCCGCAAAAAGGAUGGUUAUUUGUUUAUUGAUGAUGGGCCAUAUUUAGAAUCCUUAGAACACAUUGUUGAGUACUAUAGUCUAAUGUCGGAUGGUUUACCUACAGUUCUAAGAUAUCAUGUACCCCCAAAACCAAAACCACCUGUACCUGAGUUUUCAACAAUGCCUAAGCCAAGCAAAAAGAAAAAUUCACCGAAAGUAGCUCCCAAACCUGUUGUUCUUCCUAAAGGUGAUGAACCACACAACAAAUAUUUUCCUAGUCAGUUUGCGAACAUUUCAUUCACAAGCGAUUUUUCUACAACGAAUACGACAAAUAAUAAUUAUAACGAAAAUGAAAAUAAUUACAUUCCUCAGGAGAGGUUACAGAGGGGUAAUCUGAUAGGUGAAGGAGAAUUUGCAUUCGUGUAUGAAGGCUCUUACUUAAAAAGAAACGGAGAACCAAUGAAAGUGGCAAUAAAAAUUUUACACAACGACCAAAUGGAAACAAACAAAGAAGCAUUUUUAAGCGAGGCGAAGGUGAUGAUGAAACUAAAUCACCGGUGCAUAGUCAAGCUUAUAGGUUUAUCUUUGGGUCCAUCUCUUUUAAUGGUACAAGAAUUGGUACCUCUUGGGUCUAUACUCCAAUAUAUUGAACUAAAUAGGGAUAGAAUUGAGCCAAAUUAUGAAUUUAAAAUUUGGGCUGCUCAGAUUGCUUGUGGAAUGGAAUAUUUAGAAGAGAAUCGAUUUGUGCAUAGAGAUCUGGCUGCCCGAAAUAUAUUGUUAGCUACUCCAGUUGAAGCAAAAAUAAGUGAUUUUGGAUUGUCUAGAGCUCUCGGGACUGAUCAUGAAUAUUACAGGGCUUUAGCUGGAGGAAAGUGGCCGUUGAAGUGGUACGCUCCAGAGUCAUACAAUUUUGGACAGUUUUCUCACAAAAGUGAUGUCUGGAGUUUUGGAGUUACUAUUUGGGAGAUGUAUUCGUUUGGAGCAUCACCAUAUGGAGAUAUGAAAGGAUCUGAAGCAAUAACCCAUAUCGAAGCUGGAGAAAGGUUAGAAAGACCAAAAGAUUGCCCGGAAGAUAUUUACAGAAUUAUACAACGUUGUUGGGAGUAUAAAGCCGAAGUGCGUCCUAGUUUUCACGAAUUAGUCAAGUUCUUCACAACAGAUUCUAGCUAUAUGAAUAUUAAAGAGUUAUUACCGAAGGCUAACAUCGCCUAGUCCAUCAAUUGGAGCAAUAUUUUUUUAUGGAACCAUUGAAAUUGUUUUGUACAGGGUACGGCAAAAUAGUACAGCUCAACAUAAAAAGUUAAAUCUCGACGCAAAUUAUAAUAUAAACUGAAUUACUAUAAAUACGAUUUACACGUGUUUCCAUCAUCUGCUAACAAUUUACCCUCACUACACUAUUUAUUCUUUAUAUUUUCAUUGUCACAUAAUGUGUAUCAUUAACGAUUUUUUGUUCUAUUAAGGUACUAUGUUCACCAUCAUUUUGGGCAUAUGUAGUAGGAUUCCUCGCUCUCUUUUACUUAAGACGGAUAUAUUUAAUCUGCACUUCUUGAAUCCUUUUUCAAGUCCAUUAAGUGUACAGUCGUAUUUUUUAUUUUUCUUUCACAUAAAGGAGGGUUGUUACAUCACAUUAGCAGCCAUACAUCGUAUGGGUACAUCUAAGAUGAAAAUUAGUAGUCAGAUUCAAAUUCUCAGCACGACUGUGUGACUCACAGCGGUGGGCGGGAUAUGGCCAUGAUCAGCGCCGGAUGUCUGACUCCGAAAACCAGCGUUCAUUUUGGGCAUACCCUAUCUAGUGCAUAUUGUGAGGCCGCUCCCGUAUGAAAAAAAAAUCUGAUUCGUUUUUUUGCGGAUUCCUGUUCAAAAAUGUCCCCUUUAAACGAAACAGAAGGUUACUGGGCGAAAUUUUUGGGCAGAAAUUGUUUAAACACAUUUAUAAGAUCACCUUGUUUUGCUCCGGAAAAUAUAUUUUAGAGUUUUUGUGUCAUUUUAAACAAAAAAAGGUUUGUUUUAUUUUUCUCAAAAGUUGAUAGUUUUCGAGUUAUAAGUGAUUUAAAAUCUGAAAAAUUCAAAAAUAAGCAAAUCAAAACAGACUUUUUGAAGUUUCCAAGUGCCGGGAUUGAAGCUUAAACGUUCAAUUUCAAGAUUCUGACGAGUAAUCGUUGCUUAUUUUAAUAUAGAGCGUUGUUUUUUAAUUGUUAAUUAUGCGCAUCCACUCGACUUUUAAGCCGCCGCGGUGCCGUGCCUCGCACUAUAUGGUGCGCAUCUGUCGCACUACAGGAUUGGCAUAUUUAAUUAGCACAUUGGCAAUAAUUAAUUGAACAAAUAAAUCAAUUAUUAAAAAAACUAUGUUUAUAAUAAUUAAGAAAAUUUAAUAAAUUCAACGCACUAUAUGGUGCGCAUCUGUCGCACUACAGGAUUGGCAUAUUUAAUUAGCACAUUGGCAAUAAUUAAUUGAACAAAUAAAUCAAUUAUUAAAAAAACUAUGUUUAUAAUAAUUAAGAAAAUUUAAUAAAUUCAAGUAUUUGUUGGGAAUUUUCGCAUAAGUACGUAUAAUAUGUAUAUCUAGUGCGACAGAGACCCAUUUAAUAAUUAGAAAACAACGCUCUAUAUUGAAAUACGCCACGAUUACUCGUAUUACUCGUCAGAAUCUUGAAUGUUUGUUCAAUUUAGACUGAAUGUUUAGACUUCAAUUUAGGGACUUGGCAACCUCAAAAAUAUUAAUUUACGUAUGAGUUUUUAAGCCUGGAGAAUGCGUAUUUUCGUAUUUUUCAGAUUUUAAAUCGCUUGCAACUCGAAAACUAUCAACUUCUGAGAAUAAUAAAAACAGACUUCGUGUUUAAAAUGACCCAAAAAACCUUAAGUAACGUUUACACGUAUCCAGUAACUGGCGCCAGUCUCACUGGAAUGCGAGUGCUUGACUAAGACAGCGCUGGAUAGGUUCGUUUACACGUAUCCAGUAACUGGCGCCAAUCUCACUGGCACUCUUAUUAAAAAUCCUAAUACUGCCACUGAAACCACAGGUACGACAGCGCCAGCGACUGGAACGCUGUGUUUACACGUGUCGACAACCACUGGCACGGGGUUAGAGGGGACGCGGACGAGGGCCACUGGCAUGAAAAAUAGACCAGCCUUCUAUUCGAGACAGCGCUGGCAGACAGCGCUGGACUGGAACAAAAAAGCGUUUACAUGAUGCCAGCACUGUCGUUCCAGUGCGACUGGCGCCAGUUACUGGAUACAUGUAAACGCGCCUUAAAAAAUAUUUUUCGAAGCAAAAUCAAGGUGAUUUUUUGAAUUUGUUUAAAACAAUUGUUUAACCAAUUUCUGCCCAAAAAUUUCGCCGGUGCCCUUCUGUUUUGUUUAAAGGCUACAUUUUUUAACAGGAAUCGGAACGAAACCGAAUUAGAAAUUUUUUCAAACAGGAGCGGUCUCACCAAAGGGACUAAUUGACAUCCUACGUCUUGACGUCACAAAAUUGGGAGGAGCUUAUAUUUGACUCCAAACAAUUUUGUUUAUAAGGUUAAACACUCAUAAGGAAUUUUUCAUUUAUUGUUUAUGUGGUUUGUGUGACAAAAUAAGACUUUUCAUUUAGGUAUUUAGUUAAAGAAACGUGUCAGUUAAGUGAUUUUUAUUCGUUUUUGCCCAGGUGAGUUAAUUUAAUGCAAUAAGAACGUAAACAGUUUUGAGGUUAUGUUUAUUUUCAACCACUACGGAAUAAAAACCACCUGAGCAAAAACAAAUAAAAAUCUCUUAAUUAACACGUUUCUUUAACGAAAUACCUAAAUGAAGUCUUAUUUUGCCACACAAAGCACAUAAAUGAAAAAUUCCUUAUGACAAUUUAACGUUACAAAAAAAAUUGUUUGGAGUCAAUAUAAGCUCCUCCCAAUUUUGUGAUAUUUGUGACAUCAGACUUAGGCUAUCCAUUGCUUAGUUGAUAAGUUUCCAAUCACCUUGCUCAUGUGAUGAGUCGACUUUUGUAGUAUAUUGAUUAAAACUAGAAAAGACUGAACUUACGUAGUCAUGUUUGACUGUAGUGGUAAGAUUAGAUCUGGUUAGGUUUUAUACUAUAACUUGCGAUGAGAUAUAUUAUAAUAUACGAUUAGGUAUUGUGAAAGUUUAUACACUAUUUUUAUAUUCUAUUGAUGCCAUGAACAAUAAAUUUUUAAUAUUUAUAAGAGUA